UUCCUACACGCACUCACAUUCUCUCUCUCUCUCUCUCUCUCUCUCACAUCUGAGCGAAAGAAAAUUUUUUCAGCAAAAAAACAAGAGCAAAGAAAGAGAUGAAUUUCGGGAAAGAAAAAGAGGAGAAGAGGAAAAUAAGAGGAACUCAGAAAAAUUAUUCACCAUGAAAGCUCAAACUCAUCAUCAUUUCAGCUUCUUUUUUAUUCUAUUAUUAUUCAACACAUCAUUAUCAUCUCUGCCCAAAGCUACAGCUGCAAUUCAACACUCUACUGCUGGUCCCAAAACUCAGAGAAGAAUCCUCCACCAGCCUUUAUACCCUGUCAGCUCAGCCCCACCACCGCUGACAGACUCAUCAGCACCACCCCCACCGCCUAAUAGCCAGGUCUUUCCCACCCCAGACCAGCCCUUCUUCCCCGAGGUCCCAACUGGGCCGACCCCGGAUCGAAGUCAACCACCACCAGCAUCAACAGCCAAUGGCACCAUUCCAAUCCCAACGGCAACACAACCUGCGAAACCGGCUAAGAAAGUGGCAAUUGCAAUCUCAGUUGGGAUUGUCACUCUGGGAAUGCUAUCGGGUCUUGCAUUCUUUUUAUACCGCCACCGGGUUAAGCACUCAAGCGACACUCAGAAACUCGUCGGAGACAAUUCUCAAAGAUUCCCAGACGAAUCGGCAGUGCCUAACUCGAGCGUUCUUUACAUGGGCACUGUACAGCCAGGCAGGACAUCGGGUGAAGUAAAUGGAACAACAAACGAGGCCAAUGUUUCCCCUUAUCGUAAGCUAAAUUCUAUCAAGAGAUCUGAUCGGUAUAGGCCUAGCCCUGAUUUGCAGCCUCUGCCCCCAUUGCCGAGGCCUCCUUCUCAACAUGACAAUGACAACGAGAAUUCUCCAUCUCCUUCGGUUUCAUCGUCGGACGAGGAGAGCCACGGGACUGCGUUUUACACACCCCAGGGCUCCACCAUCAGUAAUGAUGACGGCUAUCACACGCCGGUGCCAGUUUCAGGUUCGCGCCCGGUUAGUAAUAGCAAUUGGCCUAAGCCUGCUAAUGGUACUUCUGUUCCUUAUUCUAAAAGGACCUCUCCCAAGCCGAGAUUCUCUUCGGUUUCCUCGUCGGAAAUGAAGCACGUGAUCAUACCUUCAAUAAAGCAACCAUUACCAUCACCAGUGCCUCCGCCUCCUCCUCCACCACCUCCAGCACUAUUACAGCAAGAUAAAGCUGACAAUAUUGAACCGAGUUCGUAUUUUCCGAAAAGGCCAAAAUUCUCCGCGCCUCCACCACCACCAAAUUUGGUCCUCCUACGAUCAAUAAACAACCAACAAUCAAGUAAAAUUUCACCUCCGCUUCCGCCUCCGCCUCCACCUCCUCCACCACCACCGCCGCCGCCUCCUCCACAGCCGCUGGCAAUGUCAACUCCAACGAAAAUAGGAUCCUCGGAAACAGCUAAAGCAAGUGUUUCUUCGACGCCUGCCACCGUGUCAUCGAAGCAACCGUCCUGUACACCAAGCCCCAGAUCCAGUUCCAAGACUGAAACGCCGAUAAUAAUUGAGCAUGUAGAUAGAGGGAUUAGUUCCUCAGAGAAAACUGAUGCAGAAGAGCAGGAUGGAGCAAAGCCCAAGUUAAAGCCCCUGCACUGGGACAAGGUGAGGGCAACCUCAGACCGAGCCACAGUGUGGGACCAGCUCAAAUCCAGCUCGUUUCAAUUAAAUGAGGACAUGAUGGAGAGUCUUUUCGGCUGCAAUUCAAAGAAUUCGAUUCCAAAAGAACCCACAAGAAGGUCAGUUCUCCCUCCUGUUGAGCAAGAGAACAGAGUGUUGGAUCCAAAGAAGUCACAGAACAUAGCUAUCCUGUUAAGAGCACUGAAUGUGACUCGAGAUGAAGUCUCUGAAGCUCUUUCAGAUGGCAACCCAGAAGGCUUGGGUGCUGAGCUUUUGGAAACUUUGGUAAAGAUGGCUCCAACCAAAGAGGAAGAAAUAAAACUUCGAGAAUACAGUGGUGACGGCUCCAAAUUAGGGUCUGCAGAACGAUUUCUCAAGGCAGUACUUGAUAUUCCAUUUGCUUUCAAAAGAGUUGAAGCCAUGCUAUAUAGAGCCAAUUUUGACACAGAAGUUAAAUAUUUGAGGAAAUCUUUUCAAACCCUAGAGGCAGCAAGUGAGGAACUGAAAAAUAGCCGGCUUUUUCUAAAACUCCUUGAAGCUGUUCUCAGAACAGGGAACCGGAUGAAUGUUGGCACCAACCGUGGUGAUGCUAAAGCAUUUAAACUUGAUACACUCCUAAAACUUGUAGAUAUAAAGGGAACUGAUGGGAAGACAACAUUGCUUCACUUUGUGGUCCAGGAAAUCAUUAGAUCUGAAGGUGCAGGAACUGAUUCUACAAAUAAGAAUCAUCAGGAAAGUACACACUCUAAGUUUAGGGAGGAUGAUUUCAGGAAGCAAGGAUUGCAGGUUGUGUCUGGACUGAGCAGAGAUCUCAGCAAUGUCAAGAAGGCAGCAGGGAUGGACUCUGAUGUUCUAAGCAGUUAUGUUUCGAAGCUUGAACUGGGGCUUGAGAAAGUCAGAUUGGUUUUGCAAUAUGAGAAGCCAGAUAUGCACGGUAAAUUUUUCAACUCAAUGAAGCUGUUUCUAAGAGAGGCUGAAGAGGAAAUCAUUAGAAUCAAGGUUGAUGAAAGAAAGUCUCUAUCCCAUGUGAAGGAGGUCACAGAGUACUUUCAUGGGGAUGCAGCGAAGGAGGAAGCUCACCCUUUCAGGAUUUUCAUGAUUGUAAGAGAUUUCCUAACCAUAUUGGAUCAAGUGUGCAAGGAAGUGGGACAGAUGCAGGAUAAAACAAUGAUGGGCUCUGCCAGAUCCUUUCGAAUAUCUGCGAGUGCUUCACUGCCAGUUCUCAACAGAUAUAAUGUGAGACAAGAUAGAAGUUCAGAUGAGGAAAGCUCUUCUCCUUGAAACCAUGUUUAUAUGAAACACAAGAACCUUUAGGAGGAUAACCAAAAUAGCUGAUACUUAAAAUGGUUAUAAGAUUCAUUUUGUAUUGAAGCAGCAACAUGAAAAAUCUGUUUUUUCUUUUUUCCAUUAGCAAGCAUGUCAAAAGAAGCAGGAUGAUGGAGGAGAAAAGGCAACUCAGAAAUGAUUCUGUAUUAUCUAGAAAAUCCUGGUCUACAGAGGCAAUUAUUAUUUUGUAAGGGAAGCAGGAACAUAAUUUCUAUGAAAUUGUUUAGAGAUAAAAGCCAUCCACACACCAAAUAUUACUGUAUGAUAAUAACAAAAGAAAAUUUGUUGGGAGGGCUUUCCCAAUCAA